AUGUCCCAGGUAAAUAACAGCAUGGUAACUGAUUUCAUUCUUCAGGGAUUUUCUCUUCCUAGAGAGCUGGAAAUUGUCCUCUUUGUGCUUAUCUUUGUGGUGUACAUUAUAACAAUGGUAGGGAACAUUGGCAUGAUCUCACUAAUUUGAUUAGAUCCCAGAUUUCACCCCAUGUACUUUUUCCUCAGUAACUUGGCUUUUGUUGACCUUUGUUACUCUUCCUCAAUAGCCCCCAAGUUCUUGGCAACCCUCUUGACCAAGCAGAAUAGAAUUUCUUUCUAUGCUUGUGCAACUCAGUUAGGCUUUUUUCUCACAUUCUUAAUUUCUGAGAUGCUCUUCCUUGCUAUGAUGGCAUAUGACCGCUAUGUGGCCAUCUGCAAUUCUCUUCUCUACAUGGUAGUUAUGUCUCAGAGGGUUUGUAUACAGCUGGUAAUAGGUCCCUACUUGUAUAGCUUUUCAGUUGCUUUGCUUCACACUGUGGUCACUUUUUGCCUGAUCUAUUGUGGUUCUAAUGUCAUCAAUCAUUUCUACUGUGAUGAUGUCUCACUGAUGGCACUUGCUUGCUCAAACACCAGUCUCAAAGAGAUUUUGAUUUUUAUCUUUGCUGGGUUCAACAUGAUCAGCUCAUUGUUAACUAUAUAUAUAUAUAUAGUCACUGCUAUCUUGAAGAUCCAGUCAACUGAAGGAAGAUGCAAAGCUUUCUCCACCUGUGCCUCUCACCUGACCGCAGUCACUGUAUUCUAUGGGACAUUGAUCUUUAUGUAUCUGCAGCCCAAGUCAAACCACUCCAUGGAUACAGAUAAAAUGGCCUCAGUGUUCUACACAAUGGUGAUCCCCAUGCUGAAUCAUAUGAUCUACAGACUGAGGAACCAAGAAGUGAAAAUUGCCCUUCAGAAAAUGAUUCAAAAGUUACAUUCAUUACUCCUGGCAUAUUUAAAAAAGUGA